CUCUCUCUCUCUCUCUCUCUCUCUUCUAUAUUCAAAAAUCCAUACCACACCAAACCACACUCUUCAAAGUCCAACUCCUCCAUUUCAACAUACACACUGCAACAAAUUACGAAAAUACCAAGAUCUUUCUCCUUCUUCUUGAAUUCCGUUGAAAAUUCAAGUUCAUGUAUCAAAUAGCUCUAUUCAUGUUAGUGGCAUGUAAUAUAUGAUACGCAAAGAUUGUAAGUAACACCUUUGCAUGGUGGAAUGCUUUCGGUAUCACCCCUUAGAAGCCCCAAGGAUGAGAAAGAAGGAGAGAUCUCGGGCUUCUUCAUCAGCGGCUCUGACGAGUUCUCCGAAGAGUUCUCAGCCGGGGACUUUCUUAAUGACAUCGACCUCCAUGAUCUCUUCGUCGAGAUCGAUGGCGGAGAUGUCUUGCAGGAUUUGGAGGUGGAGCAAGAACUCCUUGCGGAGUUAUCGUCGGUGGAGUCAGAGGUGAAUGUGUCGCCUUCGUCAUCAACGACGGUCGAAAAAGAGGAAGUGAAGAGAGAGGAGGGUGAGAAGCCAUCGAAGGAGGUGUCGGUGGAGGAAGAUAGGAGGGAGGAGUCUGUGGUGACGACGAAUUCGGGAUCGUCAGAUGGCAGUAGAGUACGGAAACCGGCAAAACCGCAGGCCAAAGGAUCUCAAGGCAAGAGGAAAGUGAAGGUGGAUUGGACACCAGAGCUGCACCGGAGGUUUGUACAAGCAGUAGAACAAUUGGGAGUGGAUAAGGCAGUCCCUUCAAGGAUCUUAGAGCUCAUGGGGAUUGAUUGUCUCACUCGCCAUAACAUUGCCAGCCAUCUUCAAAAAUACCGGUCACAUCGGAAACAUUUGCUAGCGAGGGAAGCAGCUGAGGCGGCGAAUUGGAGCCAAAGACGACAAAUGUAUGGUGGUGGAAGCAAAAGGGAGGUGAGCCCAUGGGUUGCACCUACAAUGGGUUUCCCUCCCCCCACCACCGUCCAGACUUUCAGACCGUUGCACGUGUGGGGACAUCCAACCGUAGAUCAAUCUUUGGUAAAUGUGUGGCCCAAGCAUCUAGUACAUUCCCCUCCACCUCUACGGCUACCUUGGGCGGCACUACCACCAGAUCCUUCUUAUUGGCAGCACCCCGUACACCAACGUAGCCCUAAAGGAGCGUGGGUAGCAAGUCCCUUCACACAAGGAACUCCUUUCUUCCCUCAGCCAUUGACAACAGCGAGGCCUGUUCCGGGCUUCCCACCCCACGCAAUGUAUAAAGCAGGCAACAGCAUUCCCAUCCCAAGUGGGCCAUCCGAUCCCAACCUUCAAUUCGACACCCAUCCGUCAAAAGAGACCGUGGACGCAGUUCUUGGAGAUAUUUUAGAAAAGCCAUGGCUGCCACUUCCUCUUGGGCUGAAGCCCCCUUCUCUGGAAGGUGUGUUAGUGGAACUUCAACGCCAAGGAAUUCCAAAAAUACCACCAUCUCGUGCUUGAUAACAUGACCAUCUGAUCGGGUUCCAAAAAACCCAAAUUCGACGACAUUUCCUAUUUGUGAAGGACCCAUGAAGAGAAAUAUAGUAUGGAGCUUACGUGUGCAAGUUCUAGACCAUUCAUGAAGUGUGGACCACCAUUAUCAGGCCCUGGCCCUAAAAAUCAGGCUGGUCCACCUAUCACAUAGGCUGCACAUGCAAACGUUGAAUACGUGCCAUUGUACCUUUUCCCUUCAUGAUAAUAAAUGAUUAAGCAGUGGUUUUUGUAAGAGGCUGUAAUAAUGAGGAUAUUUAUGUCCUAGUUCAAGAUAUGUUUCUUUUUCA